AAAUGGAAUAUAAACAGACAGGAAGUCAGCAUGAGCAACAUAAUUACCAGGCCAGUCCAUCUCAACAGCAACAUCAAAUGUGGAAGCAAAGUCAACAGCAGCAACAAUAUUCAAGCCAACUGCCACCCUUUCCACCACUAAGGCCACCAGCUCCGAGUGAUGGACCAUCCUUAAAUUAUGGUCUGCCACCACCAAACGUAGUUCAACACCAAAACCAAAUGCAUCAUUUUCGACACCCACCACCUGGUCCUAAAGUAUUUCAAAAUUUUGGGCAAAACACUAUGUCAGCAUCAAAUCCAUUCCCACAUGGAGUGGCAGCACCUCCAUCAUGGUCAUCACAGCCACUUGGCAUUCCACAACCUUUUGACAUGCCAAACAAUAAAACUCAGCUUCAAACCCAUGGAGGAAACCAUGGCAGGCUGUCUGUUGGCCAAACUAGUAACUUCAAAUCAUCAAGACUAGAUGUUUCUAAUCAUCAGUUAAAAAGUGAUGGGUCAUUGCCAAGACAGACAUUUAAUCCUAGUCACUCACCAAUGCAAGAUGCUUCAUAUCAACCUCAGUUAAGGCAUCAUGGCGCACCCUACCCUCCCCUUUCAAUAGCAGGAGAAAGAAGCCAUAAUGAAGCAGAUGCUCAAAACUUUAGUCAAGCUUUUCCUCAACAUAUCCCACCUCCAUAUCCACCACCUUCCAGAAAGGAUGCUAUGUCAGGGGAAUUUCCCAUUUCCCAGGAAUUAACAGAAAAAGAGAAAGAUCAACAGUGGAUUGAUAAUUUUUUAUCAAAAAUUCAUACGAGGCAGCGGAAAAACAGAAAUAAGUCUAUUAACAUAGAAAUUAAGAUACCACAUGUCAAAGACAUGAUUAGAAGCUAUGGACGUCUCUUAGAAGAUUUAAAACUACAACGAGAUUUGCUGCUUGAAAACUUGGACAUUGAUUCAGAGAGUUGGCAUCUGGCUCUCCAGCAGGUUUCAGAUAUUAAGAGGGACUUGCUAUCUGUUUCUGGAAAAUUGGAUGACCCCAAAUUUAUUGAGAAAGUGACUGAAAAGCUGAAAAAGAGGCGAAAAAAAUCAUUGAACUUAAAGAGGAGGCGAGAGCUGGAAUAUGAGGACCGGCAAGAAUAUUUGGAGAAGAUCCAAGUAGUUGAUGAAAAGAUUAAUGCAAAUAUCGCAAAAGCUGAGAAAGAUCGCCAGGAAAAAUUGAAGGAAAAAGAACUCCAGAAAGAAAUAGACACAACGUUGUUUGAAGUUCGUAAAAAGAAGAAAGAAGCAGACAAGACCUUGGAAAUACUGCGAGGUCUUCGCAAACUACGGCAUCUUAGGAAUGCAUCUUCUAAACAAAAAGGUGUUGUGUUGCCAGCAUCAUCAGAGACUGUCUUUGAGAAACGUAUAAGUCAAAUGGAGCAAUUUAUGAAUCGGCAGAGGGCAGUGUACACAGCUGAAGAGCAAGCAAUGCAGGUAAUGCUGGAAGAGGAACGGGAAGAAACCAAAGAACAAGAAAGACUGAUAUUUCAACAGAAACUUGAAGAAAAAGAAAGGAAAAAAUUGAACCUUAGGAAGAAGCUUUUAUUUGGAGAUGAAAAAGUUCAUGAUCCAAAUCUGAUACCAUUCCAGCAAUUUUAUGAACAAGCUGAAGUAAACAUGGAUGCUCUUCUACAUGUGAGGUAUGAAUGGGAUCAAUGUCUUGUCCUGCCUCAAACUGGUGGUGCAUCAUCAAUACCAGUUGCCUGGGUGACACCAGAGCCACCAUCAAGUCAUAUAUGGGAGACAGCUCUAGCUGAUUAAGUCAAGUUUCAGUGUGUUCUUUAAAUUAGCUACAAAUAAUUUGUUUUUCUUUUUGUAAUUAUUUUCAUAUUCAUGCACAUUCUGAAAUAAACAAAAAAUAAAGCAAUUUAAAACUUCGUAA